AUGUCUAUGGAUGACUUAAGGAGCGGUGAUGUGUUAAAUGGCAGAGUCAAUAAUACAACACACUUUGGUGCAUUUGUUGAUAUCGGCGUUGGACAAAAUGGUUUAAUUCAUACAAGUCAGAUGCCUCACUACGUGUUGCAGAAUGGUAGACCAUUAGAGAGAGGAGAUGAAGUUCAAGUGAAAGUACUAAGCGUUGAUGUAAACAGAGGAAGAAUAGGCCUACAGUUGUUGGAAAUUAAAGAGUCUAACUGUGAAUUUAUAGCAAGGAAUUCAGAAUUAUUUGAGAAUGAAGUUUACCUUGAAGAAGUAUCUGACGUUUUAUGUAUUGCUCAAGCAGAACUACCGUCAUUACUUCCUGUAUCACAGGUUGCUGAGGCAUUACUGAGAGUGAAGUUUGGUGCAUGGCUGUUAUGUAGACUAGUAGCAAAUGUUCCUGAUAGUUUUAAUGAAGUUUGUGAGAUAUUGGUAUCAAGAGGGGAACAUCAAGAUGAAGAAAGUCUGGGUGGAAGGCGGAGGACUGAAACAUUACGUAGACUUUGUAAAAUGUAUCCAAGUCAAGCUAUGAGUGUCAGAGCACUAGCAGUUGAAAAUUGUCGCUUACCUGGGUUAGCAAUCGCCUUGUCUUUAGACCACUGUAAAAGUAAUCAUGUUGAAUCUAAUGGUGUAAGUGACUUAGUUGGUUUUAUUAGUGGACUCUUACUUGGCAGCAAUUCCACAGUCAGAGGGUGGAUGGCACAGUUUGUAAGGAAUGGACAGAAGAGGAAGAGAGACCCACCAAGUUCAUUGUUGCAUUCACUGAGGGAACAGUUAUUACAAGAAUUAACCACCAUCAUACCAUCUGGUGAUCACUGUGUUAUUGUGGACAGGCACGUCGUGCAAGCCAGUGCUUUAAUUCGAUUAUAUUGUGCAUUGCGAGGGAUAGCUACCAUGAAAUUCAGUGAAGACGAAUCAGAGCAAUUAUUGUGUUUGGUGACAUCACAACCACCACCCACUCCAGCUGGUAUACGAUUUGUUUCCUUAGGACUCUGCAUGUUAAUGGCAUGCCCCUCAAUCAUAAGUUCUGCUGAUCAAGAGAAAGUUGGUAUAAGUUGGAUGAAUUGGUUGGUGAAGGAAGGCUCCUACUUUGAAAGUGCCAGUGGAGUCAGUGCUUCAUUUGGUGAAAUGUUAUUACUGAUGGCCAUCCACUUCCAUGCUAAUCAAAUGCAGCCAGUUGUAGAUUUAGUGUGCUCUACACUUGGGAUGAAGAUCGCUGUCAGACCGAACUCACUUGCCAGAAUGCGGUUGACUUUCACACAAGAAAUAUUUACUGAACAGGUUGUGACAUCACAUGCAGUGACUGUACCUGUGACAGCAGAUUUGAGUUCUACAAUAACAGGUUUUUUACCCGUACAUUGUAUAUACCAGCUUUUAAAAAGUAGAGCUUUCUCAAAGCAUAAAGUGCCAAUUAAGAAUUGGAUUUAUAAACAAAUCUGCAAUACCACAACUCCACUGCAUCCCUUGCUGCCACCACUCAUAGAAGUCUACGUCACUUCAAUAUUACAACCCACACACAGCGGUGGUGAGCAAGCAAGAAAUAGGCCAUUAACAUUGAGAGAAAUCAUAUCAGUGUAUGAAGACACCAGGAUUCGUACUGGAGGAUCAGUCAGUGAAUUCACUAUGAUGUAUAGUGAAUCACAUCAAGAGCAGAAACAUGUUGGAGGAUUAACUGCCCAGUUAUUGGUUUUAUAUUAUAUUUUACUUUAUGAAGACUGUCUUCUUACGAAUAUGAAAAUUGUAGCAAAUACAAAAUCAGAAUCUUAUCCGAAGUCCUUGCUCGCCCAGAUACCAAUAAAACACCUGUUACAACAAUGUCAGCAACAACAACAUCAUUAUGGUGGCUUAUAUCCAUCACUAUUACGUCUUGUAUCAACCCAUUAUCCUCAUCUUAGCCAAGUAGAAGAUUUACUAGGAGAAGAGUUACAUGUAAUGACAGUAAAUUCAUUAGCUGUGAACAGAGAAAGAGCAGGUGCCUAUGGUCAACAAGAUAUUACUGUAGAUCCACUAAUUGUACUGCGAUGUGAUCCACGAAUAUUCAGAUGUCCACCAAUAUUAGACAUAGUAUUGAAAAUACUGACUUCGUACUUAGCUGCUUCUAAAGCUUACCUCAUUAACCAUCUGCAAUCAACUCCCAAUCUAAAUAAGAAAUCGGAUAUGACGACAAACCCUAUGAUGACUGAUGUGGAAAGAGAGGAAUUGAAAAAUGCAUUAAUAUCGGCUCAGGAGAGUGCAGCAAUACAGAUACUGCUGGAGAUAUGUCUACCAAUAUCUGCCGAGAAGGUUGUGGAUGGUUCUUUAAGUGUACUACGUGAAGUUCAAUGUCAAGUUUGUUCACUUUUACAUCAGAUGUUUAUUGCUGACCCCAAUAUUGCCAAGUUAGUCCACUUUCAGGGUUAUAAUAGUGAAUUAUUACCAGUGACAGUAGCUGGCAUUCCAUCCAUGCAUAUAUGUCUUGAUUUCAUAGCUGAGUUACUCAGUCAGCCUCACAUGGAAAAACAGGUGUUCGCCAUAGAGUUGGUUUCUUAUUUAUGUUUGCAGUAUGCACUUCCAAAGUCUCUAAGCGUAGCAAGGUUAUCUAUUAACGUGAUGUCCACUCUUCUCACAGUAUUACCAAGUGAUAAACGAAGUCGUUUUUUUCUGCCUACAUUACCAGCCUUAGUUAGAAUAUGUCAAGCUUUCCCACCGUUGUAUGAUGACAUCACAUCUAUGUUACAACAGAUGGGUAGGAUAUGUAACUCUCAUUCUUCUGUCGUCACAAAUAAACCACUCAAACAGUUAGGACUGAAUGGCAGCUCACAUGCAGUCAUUGGUAGAGAAAACAGGGAGCAGCAAAUAUCAGAACAUCUUCUGAAAACAUCAAAUGUGGAUUUGGCUAUGUGUGUUGCUGUGCAUCAAACAUUUCAAGACAUUGUUAGUUUUGCUGUCAUGACUACAACAUAA